GCGCAGCCUGCCUUUUGGGACCCUGGCGCUGGGAGAAACCUCAGCGCUCGAUUCCUUCUACAACGCGGGGGUCCUAUACUACUUCCGAGGAUCCAGCUGGAGAGGCAGAAAGAGAAGUGAAGGGGACCAACUGCCCAACUGCACUGGAUUCCAGGCGAGGGAGCUUGGGUUAUGAGACCCCCAGUAGUUCCGAGAGAAUGGGCCCAGCUGGGGCGUGCUGGAGGCGGAGCAGGGUCGUCCGGGGGCGGGACCAGAAGGCGGCUAUUCCCGCGCGGGUCACCCCGCCCUCUCGCCAUCCCGGACGCCCCGCCCCCGAUACUUAUUUGUUCAUGCAAGAGUCCAGUAACCGUACUUGCAGGAUGUCCAUAAAACCUCAGCCUAAAAAUGAAGGCUGACUCGACCUUGAGGACACAAAGACACACACACAGAGUCACAGACUCACAAAUCGUACAUAUCUUGAUUCACAUAAACUGUCGCAGACACUGUCACACACAGAGAUACAGACACAGCAAGCUGCACACACACAGAGGCACAGUGUACACGCACAGGGCAUGUGUGUAUACACAUGUGUGUACACACAGCACACUGCUCGUGCCAGCCCCUUUCAAGAGACUGGAUUGAGAACCCAGGGAAGGGGACUUUUAUCUUUGCACAACUCCUGCCUCUCAGAUGGCCUAGAACAGGCUCCAGACUGGUGCACAGCCUCCCCUUCUCUGUGCCCAGUGUCCGCAGGCUCUGAACAGUGGGAUAUGAGUCAUAGCCCAGGGAGCUCCACUCCUUUCCUUGCAAUACUAUAGAUACAAAUUCUGUAUGAGCCAGAGGGACCCUAAAAGGGGGAAACUGAGGCCCAGAGCAAAACUGGACCCUGCUGGAGUCAAAAUGGGAAGGCAGGCUGAGCCAGGAUGGAUCCCCAGGCUCCUUCCCCACAAGCUGGGCUUCAGGGCUCAGGGCCCCCACCCGUGUGCCCGCAGAUGUGGUGGUGCUGGAGGUGAGCAGCUCCCUGGCGCAGCCCUCCCUGUUCUACCACCUGGGUGUGCGGGAGAGCUUCAGCAUGACCAACAACGUGCUCCUCUGCUCCCAGGCCGACCUCCCUGACCUGCAGGCCCUGCGGGAGGACAUUUUCCAGAAGAACUCGGAUUCCGUUGGCAGCUACACGCUGAUCCCCUAUGUGGUGACAGCCACUGGUCGGGUGCUAUGUGGAGAUGCGGGCCUCCUGAGGGGCCUGGCUGAUGGCCUGGUACAGGCUGGGGUGGGCACUGAGGUGCUGCUCACACCCCUGGUGGGCCGGCUUGCCCGCCUGCUGGAGGCCACGCCCACAGACUCCUGUGGCUAUUUCCGGGAGACCAUUCGGCGGGACAUCCGGCAGGCGCGGGAGCGGUUCAGCGGGCAGCAGCUGCGGCAGGAGCUGGCUCGCCUGCAGCGGAGACUGGACAGCAUAGAGCUGCUCAGCCCAGACAUCAUCAUGAACCUGCUGCUCUCCUACCGUGAUGUGCAGGGGAUGAUCAUGUCUCCCAGGGCAGCUGGGAGGCUGGGGCACACAGUGGGUUCUCCGUGUGAGGUGUGGUGUCUACACUACCUGCUGGGCCUGAAGGAGGACUACUCAGCCAUCAUUGAGCUGGUGGAGACACUGCAGGCCUUGCCCACCUGUGACGUGGCCGAGCAGCACAAUGUCUGCUUCCACUACACAUUUGCCCUCAACCGGAGGAACAGGCCUGGGGACCGGGAGAAGGCACUGGCUGUGCUGCUGCCACUGGUACAGUUUGAGGGCUCAGUGGCACCUGACCUAUAUUGCAUGUGUGGCCGUAUCUAUAAGGACAUGUUCUUCAGCUCUGACUUCCAGGAUGCUGGGCACCGGGAGCAGGCCUAUCACUGGUAUCGCAAGGCUUUUGAUGUAGAGCCCAGCCUCCACUCGGGCAUCAACGCAGCUGUGCUUCUCAUUGCCGCCGGGCAGCGCUUUGAGGACUCCAAGGAGCUCCGGCUCAUAGGCAUGAAGCUGGGCUGCCUGCUGGCCCGAAAAGGCUGUGUGGAGAAGAUGCAGUAUUACUGGGAUGUUGGCUUCUACCUGGGAGCUCAGAUCCUUGCCAAUGACCUCACCCAGGUGGCACUGGCUGCAGAGCAGCUGUACAAGCUCAAUGCCCCCGUAUGGUACCUGGUGUCUGUGAUGGAAACCUUCCUGCUGUACCAGCACUUCAGACCCACACUAGAGCCUCCUGGAGAAACCCCACACCAUGCCCACUUCUGGCUCCACUUUUUGCUACAGUCCUGCCAGCCACUCAAGAUGACUUGUUCCCAAGGGGAGCAGUGCUUGGUGCUGGUCCUGGAGAUGAAUAAGGUGCUGCUACCGGCCAGGCUGGAGGCUCAGGGUACCAACCCGGUGAGCACAGUGACAGUGAGCCUGCUGGAGCCCGGUAAGCAGGUGAUAUCGCCGGACAUUCCCUCCAGCUGGACCUUCCCGGUGGCCUCCAUCAGCGGUGUCAGCGUGUCGAAGCGAGACGAGCGCUGCUGCUUCCUCUACGGGCUUCCCCCGGCUCAGGACGUCCAGCUGUGCUUCCCCAGCGGAGGGCACUGCCAGUGGUUCUGCGGGCUGAUUCAGGCCUUGGUGAAGAAUCCGGACUCCACGGCGGCCACAGAGGAGGCGGAGGGCAGAGGGGAGGUACUGGAGUUUGAUUAUGAGUACACGGAGUCGGGAGAGCGGCUGGUGCUGGGCAAGGGCACCUACGGGGUGGUGUACGCCGGCCGCGAUCGGCGCACGCGGGUGCGCAUCGCCAUCAAGGAGAUCCCGGAGCGGGACAGCAGGUUCUCUCAGCCACUGCAUGAAGAGAUCGCUCUGCACAAACGCCUGCGCCACAAGAACAUCGUGCGCUAUCUGGGCUCAGCCAGUCAGGGCGGCUACCUCAAGAUCUUCAUGGAGGAAGUGCCUGGAGGCAGCCUGUCCUCCUUGCUGCGGUCAGUGUGGGGACCCCUGCAGGACAACGAGAGCACCAUCAGUUUCUACACCCGCCAGAUCCUGCAGGGACUCGGCUACCUGCACGACAACCGCAUCGUGCAUCGAGAUAUCAAGGGGGACAACGUACUGAUCAACACCUUCAGCGGGCUGCUCAAGAUUUCCGACUUUGGUACCUCCAAGCGACUAGCAGGCAUCACACCCUGCACUGAGACCUUCACAGGGACCCUACAAUAUAUGGCCCCAGAAGUCAUUGACCAGGGCCCACGAGGGUAUGGGAAGGCGGCGGACAUCUGGUCAUUGGGCUGCACUGUAAUCGAGAUGGCCACAGGUCACCCACCCUUCCACGAGCUGGGGAGCCCGCAGGCUGCCAUGUUUCAGGUGGGCAUGUACAAGGUGCACCCACCAAUGCCCAUUUCUCUGUCAGCCGAGGCUCAAGCCUUCCUCCUCCGAACUUUUGAGCCAGACCCACGCCUCCGAGCCAGUGCUCAAGCACUGCUGGAGGACCCCUUCCUGCAACCUGGGAAGAGGAGCUGCCGCCCCGGCUCCCCCCAACAUGCUCUAAGGUCCUCAGACGCCCCUUCCGCCAGCCCCACUCCUUCAGCUGACUUGACCUCCCAGUCCCAGACAUUCCCACGCCCUCAGGCACCCUCUCAGCACCCUCCCAGUCCCCCCAAGCGCUGCCUCAGUUAUGGGGACACCUGCCAGCUCCGGGUGCCUGAGGAGCCUGGGGCCGAGGAGCCCGCGUCCCCUGAGGAGAGCUCGGGGCUGAGCCUCCUGCACCAAGAGAGCAAGCGCCGGGCCAUGUUGGCCACAGUACUGGAGCAGGAGCUGCAGGCCCUGGCGGAGAGUCUCUGCCUGGAGCAAGAACAGGGUUCCCAUCUGGGGAGGAAUCAUGCGGAACAGCUACUGCGCUGCCUCAGGGCGCACAUCCACACUCCCAACCGCCGGCAGCUGGCCCAGCAGCUGCGGGAGCUGCAAGGGCAGCUUCGGGCCCAGGGCCUUGGGCCCGAGAUUCUGCAAGGACCGCUCUUCGCCUUCCCGGAUGCGGUGAAGCAGAUCCUCCACAGGCGCCAGAUCCGCCCACACUGGAUGUUCGUGCUGGACUCGCUGCUCAGCCGUGCUGUGCGGGCAGCCCUGGCUGUUCUGGCCCCAGAGGCGGAAAAGGAGGCAGUCCCACCGAAGUCGGAGGAGUCCAAUAAAGAAGAGGAGUCCCAGCGGAUGCAGCAGGAGACCCCAGUCCAGCAGAACCCGCUCCCAGGGGAACCCGAGCAGGGCACCCCACCUUCGAUGGUGCAGCUGGGCCUCUUGCGAGCAGAGACCGAUAGGCUUCGAGAUGUCCUGGCUGAGAAGGAACGGGAGUGCCAGGUCCUAGUGCAGCUAACCCUACGGCACGCCAGUGGAGAGGCCAGGACCUGGGCCCUGGCCUCAGAGCCCCCAGCUGCUCUCACAGUGGACCAGGGCCUGGUGCAGUGGCUACAGGAACUGAAUGUGGAUUCAGGCACCAUCCAGACGCUACUGAACCACAGCUUCACCCUCCAUGCCUUACUGACCUGUGCCACUAGAGAUGACCUCAUCUACACACGCAUCAGGGGAGGGAUGAUAUGCCGCAUCUGGAGAGCCAUCUUGGCACAGCGAGCAAGAUCCACGCCAGUUACCCCUGGCCCGCAGGAGGCUGAAUGAGGACAUCGGAGACAGAAGGCCAGACCCAAGGAUGGAUGAAUGCAGGAAACACAAGAGGCUUCUGACACACCUGCCCCAGGACCCAGGGGCAACUGGAGGAGGCCAGGUGGGCGGGGGGCAGGGUAGGGCCCAAGCCUAGCCCCAGUGGGGGGAACCAACCAGAGAGGUGCCUCAAGCUCACGGAGUACCAGCAGGCAAAGACUAUUAAACAAU